AUGGAAAUCACUAUCUGGCAGUCUAAGUGUACUUUGUCAUUUCUCAUCCUUCUGUUAACUAUCUCAGGGUGGCGAGGUCCACAGGAUGACCCACGAACGGAACUGUGCACGUGUCCACCGCAAUACUCGGGGAAGUCAUGUGAGAGUUGCGCAGUGGGUUUUCGCAGAGAUCCACCAAACGGAGCUGCCACCGAUCGUUGCGUUGCGUGCACCUGCAACAACCACGCCACGAUUUGCCAUCCUGAGACCGGUCAGUGCGAAUGUCAACACAAUACCGGGGGAAUAUUUUGCGAUCGAUGUGCAGAUGGUUACUAUGGGAACGCUCUGGACUUCACUAAUUUGGCUGGAGCUUGCAAACCGUGUCCUUGUCCCACGGGAGCAAAGUGCGAAGAGGUUUUCUGGCCGGACCGUAGCGUCAAAGUGGUCUGCACAGAUUGUCCGCAUAACCGAGCAGGCAUUAGAUGCGACAGGUGCGCGGAGAAUUUCUACGGAGAUCCGACGAGAGGAAUAUCCUGCAAUCCUUGUGACUGCUCAGAUAACGUGGACCCUCGGGAAUUCGGAAAUUGUGAUGGAACUACCGGUGAAUGUUUGAAGUGCAUAUUUGGAACUACUGGAAGGCAUUGCGAAAAGUGUCUACCAGGCCAUCGCCGUAACUUCAAACCAGUCAACACAACAGCUGGUGGCGAAGAGAAGCUUCUUCCUGCUCGUGGAUGCAGUCCGUGUCACUGUGACCCUGUGGGUACACUGGCCAGUUAUGAGUCUAGUGAAAUCGGUGUUUGCAACCCGGAGACCGGUCAGUGCCCAUGCAAGCCAGGAGUUGGAGGACUGAGAUGUGAACGUUGCUACCCAGGAUUUUAUGGAUUCCAUUCUGGACAGGGUUGCAAACCGUGCGAUUGUGACUCUAUCGGUGCCGUGGGUGAGGAUUGUGAUGACCAAACAGGGAGGUGUCGAUGUCGCCCGAAUGUCACUGGCCGUCAGUGCAAUCUGUGUUUGCCUGGUUUCUUCAACCUGACCAGCAUCCACGGUUGCGAAGCUUGCGAAUGUCAUCCGCUCGGAUCAGAGGGAAGCCAGUGCGAUGCAACCGGCCAAUGUAAAUGCAAACCGUUUGCGGUGGGGCUAAAAUGUGAUCGGUGCCAAGAAAACCACUACAAUUUGGAAGCCGGCUGUCUGUCUUGCCCGGCGUGUUACAAUCUUAUUCAAGCACGUGUGAGCAAGCUGUUUGGAAUGCUGGAAUCAGUGUUUGGAUCGCUACGACCGGAUUACAAGCCAGGUUCUCAGGCAUCGUACGAUGAUAAGGAUUUGUACACCGAAAUGAAGAAGCUAAAUGAUACGAUAGUGAUGCUCUACCGGGAUGUGUUGCAAGUUGGAGGCAGAACAUCGGUCGUUUCACCUCAUCGGCUCACAAGUGUGAUCCAGUCUUUCAAGAAGAGGGUACAUGCGAUCAAGCAGGAAAUUGAUGAGAUACGAUCGAAACCGAUGCUCUGCUCCGAGAAGCAAAUUGACGCAGAUUUGGCCCAACUGGAUGCCACCAUUAGUGAGGUUCUGCCGAAUAUUCUAGAAGAAGAUUUGCGAAAGAUGGCGGAGGACUUGCAAAAAGGUAUCAAACUCGAUCAACCCGAUGCCUCACUCAGUAAGGAGGCAGACACAUUGACUGAACUAAGCAGAAGGCUGAGCAGUCGGGCCGAAAGUCUGAAGCGAGAUGUUGGGGACGCGGGGCACUUGCAAGCAAAUGCAACAACCAAAAUCAGUGAGGCAGCCUCUGAGGUGAAGAAGUCCAAGCUGCUAUUUAUUACGACGAAGCAAAGAGCUGAAUCUAUCACGAGUAAGGACAACGAGAUAGCAAGAAGAGUUGAAGAGACAAAUGAACGGUUGCAAAAGACGGGUAAUCAGGUUUACCAAGUUAAAAUUGGAAUCUCGCAACUCCCAAAUUUGACGAAAGGAUUGCGCAUAUUGGGAGAAGUGACAACACAAUGGGAAGACGCAGAUAACAAGUCUGCGGCACUGCAGAAACGCUCGAAUAGCACUGCAGCCGAGUUGCAAAAUACUAUGGAUAGAUUUCGUCAGUUAAAUGGUCAACUACGAGAAAGUUUGAAAAACCGGCUCAUCCAGGCAAAGCAACUGGAACCCCAGUUCAAAGAGCUCCAGUCAAUGUUGAAUCGCAUAUUGAAAUCACAAGAGUUAAGCUCACGGGCACUGAUCACUGCCCAAGCAACCAGGGAACGAAUAAGAGAUUUUGAAGAACACAUUGCUCAAACGAAAGACGGUGUGCCCCAAGCGCUGGACAAGCGGAAGGAACUGGAGCAGCGCCUGGAGAUGGUCGAAGCACUGCUGAGAGACUUACAGGGCCAAGCAAAAAAUGAACUGGACGCAGCCACCCAAUUGAAUAACCGUGCCAAUGAAGUGCAAUCCACGAUGAUCAACAUCGGCCACAUUAUCACCCGUGGAAUGAAUCACAGUGAGGGAAACAAAACGCGUCUACGCGAAAUGCGCAGUCGGCAUGAUGUGGAGGUUGUGCAGGAAGUCUCUCAAGCCACAGCACUGGUCGAUGAACUCGAGACACAAUCUAAAAAGAUAAUUGAGCUGGUGGACACCACUCAGGGAGAUGUGAAACAAAUGAGCGAGGAUGCGGCAAGCUUGUUGAUCCGCAUGAAAAGAUUAAAGGAGCAACUGACUGAAUCAGCGUCCGGUGAAUCGACUCCUGUAACGAACGGUGAGGAUGCAGCAACGCGAUUCCACCGAUUGAAGAGUUCAAUGGAACAGCUUCGCUUGCCGGAUAGACUGAAUCUACUCAGAAAACUGAACACUUCACGUACGUUAGAAAUCGGGAGCAUUCGCAUGUACCUGGAAGAAUUCAAAGCGCACUACGAGCACCUUCGCGUGGUGAACACUUUGUUGCCGUUACGCGAUGUGAACUGUUUCUACACAGGGAAAGAAAUUGAGGGUGAUGUGCUUGUUUACAACCCUGUGAGCAGCUAG